GCACCUCGCCGCCUUCCGACCGCGAUGGCCGACGCCGAAGCGGACGCGGAGGCCGUCCGCGCCGCGGCCACGGAGGUGCUGCUCCUCGACCACCACGGCCACAACCACGAGGCGCUGGCCCGCGCCCGCGACCUCAUGCUCGCGCACCAGGACGUGGCGGUCACGCACCGCCUCCUGGGCGAGCUCCACUACUCCGCCGCCGUCCGCGCGGCCCGCGCCGAGGGCACCGCGGAGGCCAGGAAGGCCGCGGCGGCGCCGCACCUCCGCGUCGCCCGCGACGCGCUCGCCGCGGCGCGCCGCCUCGCCCCGGACUGCGUCGACAUCGCGGCCGCGCUGGGGGACGCCUUCGCGGCCUCCCGGAUGUUCAAGGAGGCCGAGGAAGAGUACCGCCGCGCGAGCCGCAUCCCGCGGCCUUCCGACCCGGCCCUCCACAACGCGUCCUACGGCAUGUUCGAGGGCUACGAGCACGAGCGCGACCCGGACUUCGCGAGCGAGAGGGUGGGCGAGGCCAGGGACCGCGCCCGCGCCUCCUACGCCCGCAUGACGGUCGAGGAGCUCGUCCCGAUCGCGAUCCACAACGUGCUCGAAGUCGGCAGGCAGCUCGGCGCGGCGGACGGGCGCAAGCGGGCCAAGCUCGUCGCCGAGACCUUCCCCAACCUCGGCCGCGCGCAGUACCUCGCCGCGUACAUGGACCUCGAGUUCGUGCGCAGCCUCGACGCGGCCAUCGACAAGCGCCCGUUCCUGCGCCGCACCCUCGUCAUCACCGAGCGCGCCGCGCGGGACUACCCCAAAUCCGCUGUCAUCGCCUCCUUCCACGCGAAGCUCCUCUUCGUCCUGGGUGAGUACCACGCGGCCGAGAUGGAGUGCCGCCGCGCGCUGGAAAUGAAGGAGCCCGAUGACCCGCAGAAUGACUGCAUCCCGGUUGGCUCAAUCAGCGGGGACAACCGAGGCACCAGGCUAGUUUCGCUGGCCUGCGAGUUCCACGAGCUGAUCAACAAGAUCCUGAUGCUGGCCAGCGAUUACUGGGACUCCAUGAGCAGUGAGAGGCAGCGUAACAGCUUCCUACAGGUCAGGCUCGAUGUGCUGCAGGAUGAGUACCUCAAGGUUGAUCGGUCGUAUGUGUUCACCAUGUCUGAUGUGCGGAGCUUUGUCAAGGAGCACAAGUCGUGGAGGUUCUGGGUUUGCCCCCUUUGUGAUCGCAAGAAGUUCAUGGAUACUGGUUUGCUAUUGUCACACAUGUGCAGCAGGCACCCAAGGGCAGUCCUGCCGCGGCUUCAGUCAGUAUUGGAUCAGAAACUGAGUGAUGAAGCAUUGGAGAGUGAUGAUUCUCUGGAUGGGGUGACAUUUUGUGAAGAUUCAGAACAGAAAGACAUGAUGAUAUGCUUGAACAAGAGCAGCGAGGUAUUCAAAUGGUUGUUCUAUGCACCUUCAAGUGGAGUACGGCCAAAGCCAUUUCCUGAAAUACGAGAAAAGAAGUGUGAGAAAGGACGUAUGCUGCUUGAAAGCAUAAAGGACAAAAUGAAGACUCUACCUACAGAUAGAUCUACUACUGAGUUCGCCAAGGCUAUUCCUGAAAUCCAGGAGGGGUGGCAUAAGUUUCUCAAAUCUUCUGCAUUGGAUUAUCGAGAAGCCAUUCUUGAACUUGCAAGAUCAUACCUAUGGAGAGAAUUGAAGAGAUGCAUGACUAAAGAUCCAGAACUUGCUUCUAAGUCGAUCAGUGCUGCGGAUAUUGAUGCCAUAUUCACCAAAGAAGUUGUUAAUCCUGCCAGCAAUGCUGUUGAGUCUUGCCAAACAGAGGGUGGUCUAAUGGUCAGUGGAAAUCGUCAAGAAAGUAAUGUUCACGACCGAGGGGACAGUUCUGAGAACCUGAGAAAGAAUACAGAAUCACCGGAUCCGACAAUCAGUGCGGUACACACUGAGACUGACCUUGCUGCAAAAGUUGAAAGUGAGGUUCAUGCUGAACACGAGAGUUCUGAUUCCCUAGAUGAAAAGACUAACCCAAAGCUCGGUGAUAAUAAUAAGGAAAGUGGUGUUCAGCUUGAAGGAGGAGAGACUUCUGAGGCCACGGUUACCGGCGCAGAGUUGUCAGGUCAACCUACCAACCAGGAGGAGGGAGGGAGUGACCUUGACACAAAGCUGGAGAAGCUGCAGAUUGGUCCAAGCUAGCUCUGACAGCUCGGUUGUGGAUUCUGAUGCUGGUUCAAGUGACCAGCAGCAGCACCAGCAGGAGUGAGACUGAAUACCAGUCCAAAGUAUGGUAGAGGAAAAACAGUGCUGCUAGACACAUGUUAUGUUAUGUACUGUCUUUGUAGGCUGUAGGAUUUCAAACAAGGAUAGGGAUAUGCGGGAGUAUGGCUCAGGUUAGAACAGAACAGGAUCGUCAGUUGUAUGGACGCGUGGCUCGUAUCUUCAGCUCCAUCUAGAUUUGUGAGAGGUCGUUAUAGUAGAAACAUCAGGAAGUUCAUACUCCCUCUAGUGAGAGAUGUCGGUACAGCAGGUUCCGAAGUUAACCAAAUUUCUGGAUGAGUUGGUUGCCAUUCUGGCCACAAAAAAAAACGGAUGCUUUGGUUGUUUUGGGUUGCGUGCCGUCAGUGGUUUUAAGUUUUGAACUUUGGUCAUCAACA